GAUUGGCAUUAGGCUAUUGGAGGAUCUUGAAAGGAUGUUGUUAUCCUUCUGUGGACAACAACAACAAAAUGUUAACAGUUAAACAUCGAGAAAUUUCAGGGGGAUUUUCAGACGAUGCGUUUCCAGUCGUGGGGGGGAGUCAGCUCUUCACCGGAGACCCAAAUACAACAAAUCAAGUCGUCUGCCCUGGCGACACUUUCGAAGGAUUGGAGUGGGAAUCAGAGCUUCACGGGUUAAAAAGCCGAUGUCACAUCGGCCGUUCGAAACUCCUCCUCUCGCAGUGAGGUGAAGACAUUUGAAAAUCACCCCACUGCAAACUCCUCCCCCUGCUAGAAACCUCACAUUGAAAUGCUGUAAAUGACGUGGGCCUCCGAGUGCAAUCGCGGGAAGCCAGGGUUUCCAGUAAGGGCACAGCGGGUCGUGAUCCGGGUCGGGACACUGCCUGGCAGAGGCUGCGAGCAUGGGGUCCUGGGGCUGGAAACUGCGCUGGACCGUCGCCUUGUUCCUCGCCGCGGCGGGGGCUGCAGUGGGCGACAGAUGUGAAAGAAACGAGUUCCAGUGCCAAGAUGGGAAAUGCAUCUCCUACAAGUGGGUCUGCGAUGGCAGCGCUGAGUGCCAGGAUGGCUCUGAUGAGUCCCAGGAGACGUGCUUGUCUGUCACCUGCAAAUCCGGGGACUUCAGCUGUGGGGGCCGUGUCAACCGCUGCAUUCCUCAGUUCUGGAGGUGCGAUGGUCAAGUGGACUGCGAGAAUGGCUCAGACGAGCAAGGCUGUCCCCCCAGGACGUGCUCCCAGGACGAGUUUCGCUGCCACGAUGGGAAGUGCAUCUAUCGGCAGUUCGUCUGUGACUCAGACCAGGACUGCUUGGACGGCUCGGACGAGGCCUCCUGCCCGGUGCUCACCUGCGGCCCCGCCAGCUUCCAGUGCAACAGCUCCACCUGCAUCCCCCAGCUGUGGGCCUGCGACAAUGAUCCCGACUGCGAAGAUGGCUCAGAUGAGUGGCCGCAGCGCUGUGGGGGUCUUGACGUGUUCCAAGGGGACAGUGGCCCCUGCUCAGCCUUCGAGUUCCACUGUCGAAGCGGCGAGUGCAUCCACUCCAGCUGGCGCUGUGACGGUGGCCCCGACUGCAAGGACAAAUCUGACGAGGAGAACUGCGCUGUGGCUACCUGUCGCCCUGACGAAUUCCAGUGCUCUGAUGGAACCUGCAUCCAUGGCAGCCGGCAGUGUGACCGAGAAUAUGACUGCAAGGACAUGAGCGAUGAAGUUGGCUGCAUUAACGUGACACUCUGCGAAGGACCCAACAAGUUCAAGUGUCACAGCGGCGAAUGCAUCACCCUGGACAAAGUCUGCAACAUGGCUAGAGACUGCCAGGACUGGUCAGAUGAACCCAUCAAGGAGUGCGGGACCAACGAAUGCUUGGACAACAACGGCGGCUGUUCCCACGUCUGCAAUGACCUUAAGAUCGGCUACGAGUGCCUGUGCCCUGACGGCUUCCAGCUGGUGGCCCAGCGAAGAUGCGAAGAUAUCGAUGAGUGUCAGGAUCCCGACACCUGCAGCCAGCUCUGCGUGAACCUGGAGGGUGGCUACAAGUGCCAGUGUGAGGAAGGCUUCCAGCUGGACCCCCACAGCAAGGCCUGCAAGGCUGUAGGCUCCAUCGCCUACCUCAUCUUCACCAACCGGCAUGAGGUCAGGAAGAUGACGCUGGACCGGAGCGAGUACACCAGCCUCAUCCCCAACCUGAGGAACGUGGUCGCUCUGGACACGGAGGUGGCCAGCAAUAGAAUCUACUGGUCUGACCUGUCCCAGAGAAUGAUCUACAGCACCCAGCUUGACAGAGCCCACGGCGUCUCUUCCUACGACACCGUCAUCAGCAGGGACCUCCAGGCCCCCGACGGGCUGGCUGUGGACUGGAUCCACAGCAACAUCUACUGGACCGACUCUGUCCUGGGCGCUGUCUCUGUUGCGGAUACCAAGGGUGUGAAGAGGAAAACGUUAUUCAGGGAGAACGGCUCCAAGCCAAGGGCCAUCGUGGUGGAUCCUGUUCAUGGCUUCAUGUACUGGACUGACUGGGGAACUCCCGCCAAGAUCAGGAAAGGGGGCCUGAACGGUGUGGACAUCUACUCGCUGGUGACUGAAAACAUUCAGUGGCCCAAUGGCAUCACCCUAGAUCUCCUCAGUGGCCGCCUCUACUGGGUUGAUUCCAAACUUCACUGCAUCUCAAGCAUUGAUGUCAACGGGGGCAACCGGAAGACCGUCUUGGAGGAUGAGAAGAGGCUGGCCCACCCCUUCUCCUUGGCCAUCUUUGAGGACAAAGUAUUUUGGACAGAUAUCAUCAACGAAGCCAUUUUCAGUGCCAACCGCCUCACGGGUUCCGAUGUCAAUUUGUUGGCCGAAAACCUACUGUCCCCAGAGGAUAUGGUCCUCUUCCACAACCUCACCCAGCCAAGAGGAGUGAACUGGUGUGAGAAGACCACCCUGAGCAAUGGCGGCUGCCAGUAUCUGUGCCUCCCUGCCCCGCAGAUCAACCCCCACUCGCCCAAGUUUACCUGCGCCUGCCCGGAUGGCAUGCUGCUGGCCAGGGACAUGAGGAGCUGCCUCACAGAGGCUGAGGCUGCAGUGGUCACCCAGGAGACAUCCACCGUCAGGCUAAAGGUCAGCUCCACAGCCGUAGGGACACAGCACACAACCACCCGGCCUGUUCCCGACACCUCCCGGCUGCCUGGGGCCACCCCUGGGCUCACCACGGUGGAGAUAGUGACGACGUCUCACCAAGCUCUGGGUGACGUUGCUGGCAGAGGAAAUGAGAAGAAGCCCAGUAGCGUGGGGGCUCUGUCCGUCGUCCUCCCCAUCGUGCUCCUCGUCUUCCUCUGCCUGGGGGCCUUCCUCCUGUGGAAGAACUGGCGGCUUAAGAACAUCAACAGCAUCAACUUUGACAACCCCGUCUAUCAGAAGACCACAGAGGAUGAGGUCCACAUUUGCCGCAACCAGGACGGCUACAGCUACCCCUCGAGACAGAUGGUCAGUCUGGAGGAUGACGUGGCAUGAACAUCUGCCUGGAGUCCCGUCCCUGCUCAGAACCCUUCCUGAGACCUCGCCGGCCUUGUUUUAUUCAAAGACAGAGACCAAAGCAUUGCCUGCCAGAGCUUUGUUUUAUAUAUUUAUUCAUCUGGGAGGCAGAAGAGGCUUCGGACAGUGCCCAUGCAAUGGCUUGGGUUGGGAUUUUGGUUUCUUUCUUUCCUUGUGAAGGAGAAGAGAAACAGGCCCCGGGGGGCCAGGAUGACACCUCCAUUUCUCUCCAGGAAGUUUUGAGUUUCUCCACCGUGACACAAUCCUCAAACAUGGAAGAUGAAAGGGCAAGGGAUGUCAGGCCCAGAGAAGCAAGUGGCUUUCAACACACAACAGCAGAUGCCACCAAUGGGACCCCUCGGCCCUGCCUCAUCCACCAAUCUCUAAGCCGAACCCCUAAACUCAGGAGUCAACGUGUUUACCUCUUCUAUUCAAGCCUUGCUAGACAGCCAAGUUAGCCUUUGCCCUGUCACCCCCGAAUCAUGACCCACCCAGUGUCUUUCAGGCUGGGUUUGUACCUUCCUUAAGCCAGGAAAGGGAUUCAUGGCGUCGGAACUGACCUGGCUGAAUCCAUGGUGGCACCGAGACCAAACUCAUUCACCAAAUGAUGCCACUUCCCAGAGGGAGAGCCUGAGGCACCGGUCACCCUUAAUAUUUAUUAAGUGCCUGAGACACCCGGUUACCUUGGCCUUGAGGACACGUGGCCUGCACCCAGGUGUGGCUGUCAGGACGCCAGCCUGGUGCUCGUCCUCCCCACUCCUACCCACGUCCAUUCCCGUGGUCUCCUUGCACUUUCUCAGUUUAGAGUUGUGUACACUGUGUAAAUUUGGUAUUUGUGUUACUAUUUUGCACUGUUUUCUGUCGUGUGUGUUGGGAUGGGAUCCCAGGCCAGGGAAAGCCCGUGUCAAUGAAUGCCAGGGACAGAGAGGGGCAGGUUGACUGGGACUUCAAAGCCGUGAUCAUGAAUGUGGAGAACUGCCGUUGCCUUCUUUAUGUCCACCCACCUAGUGCUUCCAUUUCUAUGCAAAUGUCUCCAAGCCAUUCACUUCCCCGAUCUUGUCGUUGAUGGGUAAGCAUUUAAAACAUGCAUGGUGAGCCUGGCACGGUGGCUCACGCCUGUAAUCCCAGCACUUUGGGAGGCUGAGUUGGAAGGAUCGCUUGAGUUCAGGAGUUGGAGACCAGGCCUGAGCAACAAAGCGAGAUCCUAUCUCUACAAAAAUCAGAAAGUUAAUCAGCUGGGUAUGGUGGUGUGUGCCUGUGAUCCCAGCUACUUGGGAGGCUGAGGCAGGAGGAUCACCUGAGCCCAGGAGGUGGAGAUUGCAGUGAACCAUGAUCGAGCCACUACACUCCAGCCUGGGCAACAGAUGAAGACCCUAUUUCGUAAAUACAACUAUAAAAAAAUAAGUAAAUCCUCCAGUCUGGAUCGUUUGAUGGGACUUCAGGUUCUUUCUGAAAUUGCCCUAAAUGUUACUGUUGCACUGAUGUCCGGAGAGACAGUGACAGCCUCCGUCAGACUCCCACGUGAAAAUGUCACAAGGGAUUGGCGAUUGUCCCCAGGGACGGAACACUGUGCCCCCCCCAAUGCAGGGAACCGUGAUAAGCCUUUCUGGUUUCAGAGCACGUAAAUGCGUCCCUGUACGGAUAGUGGGGGUUUUUUGUUAUGUUUGCACUUUGUAUAUUGGUUGAAACUGCUAUCACUUAUAUAUAUAUAUAUAUAUAUAUAUAUAUAUAUACAUAUAUAUAAAAUCUAUUUAUUUUUGCAAACCCUGGUUGCUGUAUUUGUUCAGUGACUAUUCUUGGGGCCCUGUGUGGGGGGUUAUUGUCUCUGAAAUGCCUCUUCUUUAUGUACAAAGAUUAUUUGCACGAACUGGACUGUGUGCAAUGCGUUUUGGGAGAAUGAUGUCCCCGUAGUAUGUAUGAGUGGCUUCUGGGAGAUGGGUGUCACUUUUUAAACCACUGUAUAGAAGGUUUUUGUAGCCUGAAUGUCUUACUGUGAUCAAUUAAAUUUCUUAAAUGAACCAA